AAAAGGAUGGGAGAGGCUGCGCGUUCAUGUCCCCGUUUCUCGCUCCGCAGCGACGGGAGCGCGCAGCGGAUCCUUCACUCGCAGUGAGGAGGAAAAAAGCGUCCGACGGACCGCAGCAGCGACUGUCCGGGUUGAGGAAAAAAUGUUCUUGCCACCCUCCUCCUUCCUCAACGCUGUCCAGUUCGGCAAAAAAUAUGUGAAGGGAUCUACGACGCGUGCGGACGCCACUUUUUUCCACAUUUAAACUUGUAAAAUCUAGAGGACUGUAAAACUCCGAAUACAAAUAACAGGAUUUGAAGUUAACUCUGAGAAGGUGCAGAAAUGGCUAGAAGGAUCCUGCAGCUCCUUGCUUUGUGGACUACUUUGAUCGGCAUUGUGCAGAGCUGUCCAGAGCUCUGCAACUGCCAGGAUAAAUUUACCCACCAGUUUGCUGACUGUGCCUACAAAGAUCUGCUUGAGGUGCCUGUCGGCCUCCCCUUUAACGUUACCACUGUGAGCCUCUCAGCCAACAAGAUCAAAUCCCUGAAAAGUAAAAGCUUUGUCAACAUCAUUCAGGUCAGCUCUCUCUGGCUGGCACACAAUGAGAUCGUCAGCAUCGAGGCGAACACCUUGGCCCCCCUGAUUCAGCUUCGCAACCUGGACAUUAGCAACAAUAAGAUUGUAAAUUUCCCCUGGGGAGACUUGCAAAACCUCACAGCACUACAGCUUCUAAAAAUGAACAACAACGAGAUGGUGAACCUUCCGAAGGACGCCUUCUCCACUCUGAAAGACCUCAGGUCCCUCCGCAUCAACAACAACAGGUUCACUACCAUUGCGCAGGGUACCUUCAGCGCUCUCUCCUCAAUGUCCCACCUGCAGAUUUUCAGCAACCCGUUCACCUGCUCCUGCAACCUAGAGUGGCUGAGGGAUUGGAUUGAAACCACAAAAAUUGCUGUACCUGAUACUAAUCUAAUCCAGUGUGAGGCCCCUGAACAUCUGAAGGGGGUGGAGGUUUCAAAGAUUCCUAAAUUGCAGUGUGAAGCCCCUAUUGUGACCAUAACCUAUCAACCAAACAUAGAGAACACUGUUCUUCAUGAGGGUGUUUCCGUCAUCUUAAACUGUGAGACAAAAGGGAGCCCUAUGCCUCUGGUCAGCUGGGAGGUGACUGCUGGAAAUCAAAAUUAUCUCUUCCCCCUGCCAUCCACUGUAGAAGUAAAUGAUUUACCAGUAAAUGAUAAAACAACCAACAAUAGAUUUCUUGUAUUUAGAAACAGGACUCUCUUCAUCCCUCACAUGAGCAAGAAGGAGGAUGGCAAUUAUAGUUGCUCUGCUGUGAAUGAGUUAGGUAAGGCAGAGAGCAGUGUCAAACUGGCUGUAGCUCCGAGCCCAAAGCAGGGAAGCAAUUCAGUCCCCGAUUCAACUCUGGACAAGAGCCGUCAAUCUGGUAAAAAACCUUCAGACCCCAAGGCGGUCAAGAACAAUGUGAUCAACUGGGCUAAGCAUGAGGAAAAGACAAAGGAAAUCCCUGAUGAUCGUUCAAAGCACAAAACUGGUGAAUCAGAACAGGGUGGAGGUGUUUACAAGGACCCCAGCUUUGGAAGCAAAUGUGGUGUGAGAGAAGGCAGCGAAUACAUCUCCAAUCAUGCCUUUAACAUGACUCUGGAUGACCUGAAGCAGUACACCUUCGAUUUUGGUGUCAUUGCGUUGGAAGUGUCAGAAACCGAGGCCAAAGUGCAGUUGAACCCACUGCAGCUCCCCAGCAGCAAGUCUAACCUUCAUCUGAGUCAGAAUGAGAACCAGGAAAUGGUCGUCAAAGAGCCCUUUGGUCUGCGGCAGUCUUCUUCCAGUAAGGACACGUUGGACAUGCUCUACCUCUGCGUGAAAACAGGAAAUGGACACUCCCUGGUACAGUGGUCUAACAUAGAGGAGGGGGUUAAUGCAUACCUCUUCCACGGCUUACAGCCUGGCACUAAUUACACUCUCUGUCUUACUUAUGGGGGGCAAGACUGCCAGGUCCAAGUGGUCUUCACGACAAGAAAAAAAAUCCCCUCCCUGCUAAUUAUUGUGGUUGUCAGCAUUUUCCUAUUGGGCCUGGCCACUGUUCCCUUGCUGGGAGCCACCUGCUGCCACUUACUGUACAAGUACCAGGGAAAAACCUACAAGCUGAUCAUGAAGGCACACAAUCCGGAUCAGAUGGAGAAGCAGAUGACAAGAGAUUUUGAUCCCAGGGCGUCUUUUGUGGAGUCAGAGAAAACCUUCAACCCCAGUGAAGUGGGAGAUAGAGAAGGAGAGGAGGAGGCCGAGGCAGAGGAAGGAGACGGAGAUGAGGAUGGUGAUGCUGAGGGGAGCGUGGUGACCGAAUCCAUCCCCGGAUCCUCAUCCAAAACCAACCCGGAGGAGUUCGAGGUUGGCUCCGAGUACAGCGACAGGUUACCGCUCGGAGCGGAGGCCGUCACCAUCUCGGAGGAAAUCAACGGCAACUAUAAGCAGCCCAGCCGCUGAGCUCGACGGACGCCUGCGAGUAUUUGUAAAAUAGUUUACUUUAAAGUAGCCUACAUUCGAGCAGGUAACCCCCACCUCAUCGGUACACGUGAUUUUAAAAGAAGGCUGAUAUUAAUGAUUUCUCUUUUUUUUUUUUUUUACUUCAGACAGUCCUUCAAUCACCGAGAUUGUGAAUUAAUUCGUGUUGCAUUUGUACUCUGUCGUGUUUACAAAACAAGCACAGAUUCAGACAUUUUAUCGGAUCUCAAAUAGCGACAAGAAAGAAAGCCGCAAAAUGUUCCCUUUCUGCGGGAUAAGCACACACGCAGGCGCAUGUUGGGCAGAGGCGAUGGGAAUUAGUUUAUUAGAGGCCAAAUGAAGGGUAGCUACUAAAUAUUUAAUCGCCGUUUUCGGACCACAAAAACUCAACCAAACAAAGUGCCAUAAUGUUUUAAAGCCAUUUUAAUUAGACAGACAUCAGGGACUCGCUUCUCUUUUUAACCUGUGUGCGUCUUCGUGCGCUGCGUUAAGGCCACAAUUAAACAUCCUCUCAGGUGUCAUUGACUCACGCAAAAAGGUUCGAUUCGGUCUGAUGUGGCGUUUGAUAAGGUGAACUCAGAGGCUGCGGAUAUUUGGGUCGGUCAGAGCGCACAACCGCAUCUUGCACGAUGUCCUGUUCGUCCUAAAAGGGAGAUUGCGCUUUCAGUUGUGUUUGUGCUUGAUGGGAAAUAAGAAAAAAACUAAAUCUAAGGUUAUUUAACGAUAAAAUGUUGUUACACGUAACGUCUAAACAGGCUUUAAAAAUGAAUCAACGGGUGCUUGACGGAACCUAUACCCUCGCUUUUUACAAAGGACGCGUCCAUGGCAUGUCACGCGUGUUUUCCUUGUGUGGUUUUUGAUUAGUCUAGUCUGUAGGGCUUUAGAUGUUGCUGUCCAACUGUGAUGUAAAUCCCAGCAAAUUACAGUUAUUGCUUUUUUUUACGGGCUUUACUUUAUUUUCAAUUGCAGCGAAGCCUAAAGGAAGAAAAAGGCGCACGGAGCGUCUGGCGGCUUCACUGUCCUGUAAUUUGUCGCAUAUAGUGAGUUUCUGUGAAAAAUGUUGUAAAACGAGAACAAAAAACGUGACCUUUUACGAUUUUUUGAUAUAAAUUUAUGUAAGUGGAAUUAAUAAAAUCUUUAAAACUAAA